AUGCAGGCCAGCCUUGUCAACAAACUCCUUACAUGUCGAUAUUGCGCUCUCGACCCCUAUUGUCCUAAUAUCGAUGCAUUUGGCACCCCCAUCUACGCCUACCCUCAUUGGGGUACAGGUCGACUGGCCGGACACUUCCAUCAACGUGGAACUUGCUUCUUCUGGGGCUGGAGUGUACCAAGGAAGCUGGAACUUCAAAUCGCGGACGCAGCCACAAAAUCUGGCUUCAACACUUGGAAUCAUGAAACACUGUGCGAUCUCAUCUGGGCUGUUGAAAGAAUUGGUCUCCAGGCAGGUGUAACUCCAUUCAGUCGCAUGUCUAUCCCUCGAGAUCCCAUCUACCCUGAUACAUGUAGCCCCGGCGGAACUGGAAAUUAA